AUCAGCUCAGUAGUGAGAGGAUCUCAGCACACAGUAUCAAAGCCUCAAAAUUAAUUCAUAAUCAAUUUUGAAGAUGCCAGUUGAGUUCGAACUUUGUCCAGGAAGAAGGAUCGGGGGCUCCAACCCCUGUUUCAUCAUUGCAGAGAUCGGUCAGAAUCACCAAGGAGACAUUGAGAUUGCCAAGAAACUGAUUCGCAUGGCUAAGGACUGUGGAGCAGACUGUGUUAAGUUCCAGAAAAGUGAGCUUGAGCACAGGUUUACUAAGCGUGCACUAGAGCGCACAUACAUCUCCCCUCAUUCAUGGGGAAACACAUAUGGAGCCCACAAGCGCCAUCUAGAGUUCAGUCACGAACAGUACAGGGAACUGCAGCAGUUUUCCAGAGAAGUGGGAAUUUUCUUCACUGCAUCAGGAAUGGACGAGAUGGCUAUGGAAUUCCUACAUGCAAUCGAUGUACCCUUCUUCAAAGUGGCCUCUGCAGACACAAGUAACAUCCCUUACCUGGAAAAGACUGCCAAGAAAGGUCGGCCUAUGGUGAUAUCCAGUGGUAUGCAGUCUAUGGAGACCAUGCGCUGUGUUUAUCGGACAGUGAAGAAGCAUAACUCAAACUUCACUAUUUUGCAGUGCACCAGCGCCUAUCCACUGCCCACAGAGCACGCCAACCUACGCAUCAUCACCGAAUUCCAGAAGGAAUUUCCUGACAUUCCGAUCGGCUACUCUGGCCAUGAAGGGGGCAUCAGUGUGUCUGUAGCUGCUGUAGCCCUGGGGGCAAAGGUUGUGGAGCGGCAUGUAACCCUAGACAAGAGCUGGAAGGGCAGUGACCACGCAGCAUCACUAGAGCCAGGCGAGCUGGCAGCACUGGUGCGAGAGAUCCGUACAGUGGAGCUAGCUCUGGGCUCUCCAGUUAAACAGAUGCUGCCCUGCGAAGCGUCCUGCCACAAAAAGUUGGGCAAGUCCAUUGUAGCGAGGAAGGCAAUGCAAAAGGGUACAGAGUUAACCCUUGAUAUGCUGGGAGUUAAAGUGGCAGAACCACAGGGAAUACCAGCAGAGAAGAUCUUCAAACUGGUGGGUAAGACCAUCACAGUGGAACUACAGGAGGAUGACCCCAUCGCCAAUGACAUGAUCAUGAUCGCUAAUGACUGACCUUCACUUGGAUUUAUUCAUCAUUAGUGAGUUAAUAGAGUUAACAGUUAACUCAACAUAGAGAAUGUCUGGUUUCGUACUAUAAAAGUUUAGCUUUUCUUAAAUUGUAUUUUUUUUUUGGUGCCCGUUUAGUAUAUUUACCAUAAAAUAUAAUCAUGGUGAGUUCUUCAACUGCAGUUCAGUGGGAUCAACAUAACUGGUUGCAUAGAGAGUGAUUUUUGGUGAUGGUUAACAUAGUGAAUGAUCUGAAAUUAAUCAUUUAAUUUCUUUAAGAGUCAUUUCUUUAAGCCUACGUUCGACCAGGUAAUGAAACUGUAUAGUAUCUUCAAGCACUUUAUAAUGUAUUAGAAGGUGCUUGGUCAUAUAGCACACUGCUCCAGUAUACUGUUUCUUUUUCUUGAGGUUAAUUUAUAGGAUUUGUGUGAUUUUGUGUACCUUUGUCACCUUUCAUCUCUCUAUUCCUUGUAUAUAAUACGGUGUUUUUGCUAUGCAUUCGUAUUAAAGUACUAUUAAUACUGGCUGAAAUGGGUCACACUAUUUCUCCUUAAUAUCUCUGUGGUGUCUCCCAGACAACAAGAAGAUCAGAUAGAAAAAUAAAGGAGAUUUUGCCACCCAUCCUCA